UAAAGGAUGAAGAAUAUUGAAGAUUAGAUUAAUAUAAACACUUAGUUUUAAUGUGUAUGAUGUUAACGAGUAGAAAUGUACAGUUAAGUGAAUAAACAAAAUAUAAACAACCCAAAGCCUAAUAAAUAAAAAACAGCCAGCUCGGAUUCGAUCCUGUGAACAAAUCAUGACAGUGUGGGUGUGUCAGAGCCUUUCAAUGAACCCGUCACUCACACCACACAGUCCCCGCCCCCCCUCUAGCGCAUGCGCACAGCGGCUUGUGGAGCUGUCCGCCUCAGUCGGUGCUGAAGUGUUUUCUCCGGAGCGUCUCCCUCCUCUUCGCCGACACACGCACGAUGGAGGAAGAGUUAAAAUGUCCCGUGUGCGGUUCCCUGUUCCGGGAGCCCGUCCUGCUGCCGUGCUCCCACAACGUGUGCCUGGCCUGCGCCCGCAACAUCACGGUGCAGACCCCGGAGGGAGAGACCCCGGUGCAGAGCCGAGCCUCGGGCAGCUCGGACUACGACUACCUGGACAUGGACAAGAUGAGUCUGUACAGUGAGACGGACAGCGGGUACGGAUCCUACACCCCCUGUCAGCUCAAGUCCCCCAACGGGGUGAGGGUGUUUCCUCCGUCCGCCGCCCACCGGCACUGCUCGCUCACCUGCCCGCUGUGCCACCGGAGCGUGUCCCUGGACGAGCGGGGGCUCCGGGGCUUCCCUCGGAACCGGCUGCUGGAGGCCAUCGUGGCGCGGUACCAGCAGAACCGGGCCAACGCCGCUGCCGCCGCCGCCGCAGCCUCCUCCUCCACGGCGGUGAAGUGUCAGCUGUGCGACCGCAACCCGGCGGACGCGGCGGUGAUGUGCGAGCAGUGCGACGUCUUCUACUGUCACUCCUGCCAGCAGCGGUGCCACCCAUCCCGGGGUCCGCUGGCCAAGCACCGCCUGGUGCCGCCGCGGAACCCAGCGGCAGGUGGUGGUGCGGCAGGCGGAGGAGGAGCAGGAGGAACCGGGGGGCAGCAGCCGCCUGCCACCGCCAGGAAACCGGCGACCUGCGUGGACCACGAAGCGGAGAACUUCAGCAUGUUCUGCUGCAGCUGCAAAGCUCCGGUGUGCGUCAAGUGUCUGGAGGAAGGGAAACACAACAAGCACGAUGUCAAACCACUGGCGGUGAUGUGGAAGCAACACAAGUGUCAGAUCUCCCAGGCCCUGAACGGAGUCUCUGACAAGGCUAAAGAUGCAAAGGAGUUCCUGAUGCAGCUGAAGAACAUGCUCCAGCAGAUCCAGGAGGGGGGGGUGGAGUUCGAGGCGUGUCUCGUGGCUCAGUGCGAUUCGCUGAUCGAGGCGCUGACCAGACAGAAAGCCAAACUGCUCACCAAGGUCACCAAGGAGAAGGAGUACAAGCUGAAGGUUGUGCGUGACCAGAUCACCCACUGCACCAUGAAGCUGCGUCAGACCACUGGGAUGAUGGAGUUCUGUCUGGAGGUCCUGAAAGAGAACGACCCCAGUGGAUUCCUGCAGAUCUCAGACCCACUCAUCAAGCGGGUGACGUCUUCUCAGGACCAGUGGGUGAAAGGGGCCCUGGAGCCAAAGGUCGGCCCCGACUAUGACCUCACCCUCAACACCGACUCGCUGAUGCAGACCAUCCAGCAGCUGGACUUCUGCCCGGGCAACGAUGUGCAGGAGAAUCCAUUAUUGAAACAAAUGCAGGCUGAAGACAGUGGUGAGGCUGAGAUGGAGGCCGAGAGCCCCGGAGCUGAGUCUGGGACUUCUGUGCCGGUGGCUCCGCUCCUGCAGCUGGAGAAGUGCUGCACCAGGAACAACAGCGCCACGCUGGCCUGGAGAGUGACAGCGCCCCCUGGGAGCCCCAUCGAGGGCUACAUCCUGGAGCUGGACGACGGCAACGGAGGACAGUACAGGGAGGUUUAUGUGGGGAAGGAGACAGUGUGCACGGUGGACGGCCUCCAUUUCAACAGCUCCUACAACGCCAGGGUGAAGGCCUACAAUGCAGUCGGUGUGGGGCCGUACAGCAAGACCGUGGUGCUGAGGACCUCUGAUGUGGCCUGGUUCACCUUUGACCCGUCCUCGGCUCACCGGGACAUAGUUCUGACCAACGAGAACCUGACCGUCUCCUGUAACAGCUACGAUGACCGCGUGGUGCUGGGGACCGCCGCGUUCUCCAAGGGAAUCCACUACUGGGAGAUCUGCGUUGACCGCUACGACAACCACCCGGACCCGGCGUUUGGCGUGGCGAGGAUCAACACCAUGAAAGACAUGAUGCUGGGGAAGGACGACAAGGCGUGGGCCAUGUACGUGGACAACAACCGCUCCUGGUUCAUGCACAACAACUCCCACACCAACAGGGCGGAGGGCGGCAUCGCUAAGGGCUCGACCGUGGGCGUCCUGCUGGAUCUGAACAACCACACUCUGACCUUCUUCGUGAACAAGGUUCAGCACGGCCCGACCGCCUUCGCCAACCUGGAGGGCGUCUUCGUGCCGGCGGUCAGCAUCAACAGGAACGUGCAGGUGACCUUGCUGACGGGCCUGGACAUUCCAAAGACUAUCAAACAGUAGGAGCCCCCCCCGCCCCCGUGUCUCUGCGUGUGCUCUGGAUACAAACACACAAAGUCGUACGCAGCCUAGGUUCGAUCCCCACGUGGACGUUUUCCAGUAACAUCAGCUGGGACUUCAACUCCUCUCCCAUCAAGGUGUCCUUUGUCUCGGAUGCACUUCAGCGUCCGGUCAUUUGGGACAAAGGGACAAAUCUCUUGGUUAUAAAGACAGUGAUUGACACUUGUGGACGGACGGAUUUACUGUGGAUCGUCCCACUCUUUUCAUGUCCCGUGGUUUUCCCCUGUGACCUCCAGGACUCACCUGUGUUCAUAUUCUAGCUGCUAUGUUUCCAGUGAUCUCCACCUGAAGGAGCCUGAAGCUUCUCCUGGAGGCCGGAGACCAAACACAUCGACUCUCUCGUCUACACUGUGCAGUCAAAUCGUUUUCUACUGAAAAAAACACUAAAAGAAAAACACAACGCACCAAAUCACCGAUAAAACGUGGAACCAUAAUUUUCCAGGAGAUUCCAGAGCGACUCUCAGGAGAUGAUGAACGAGGGAGCAGUGAUGGAGCGGUGAUUCUCUCUCAGGUGUGUUUACAGCCUGCGAGUUCAAACAGGGCCACCUCCCUGAGUUACAGUUGCAUUGUGGGUCGUUCACGCUCAUUUUUUCAGCUCCUGUGUUCUGCUUCUCGUAAUUGGUUGGAGUUUAAUAGAGAGGUGAUUUGUUACCUGUGGGCAGGAACACGACAGACAUUAAGAACUCAGUGAGGUGAAGCUGGGAAGAUUCAUUUCAUUUCCUCAGUAGCUGUAUAACAGAUCAAUAGAGCCUGGGAGGGGCCAUUAGGAAACAUCAAAAUCUUUUAUCUUAAAUUCAUUUUGGUUUUAAUUGGUUGCAUCAGAGUUUCUUGUGGACUGAUUUACCAGCUGCACUAAAUAUUCAUCUGCAUCAAGUGGUGGAAUUAAAAAACGAAUAAUCUUGAGAAAGUGAAAGUGGCCAAAUAGAAUUUAAUAUUCAGAGAAUUCAUACAAUUUGCUUUCUUGCUGAUAGUUACAGAAGAUGAAUACCUUUCUUUUGGUUUUGCUAGGAUUAAACUAACAAGGUUUUCUGUGACAUUUUAAUUUGAGAUCUUUAGUUGUGCUGCUUCGAAAAUCAAUUAUUAUUAUAAUUAUAAUUAUUAUUAUUGACCUGAAGAUUCCCUUCAGCUCUUCCCUGACUCGUCACACUCAGAACCUGAUUAUAUGUUGUUUUUCACUUUGACACUUAAAAGUCAGAAGCUGCUGAAAUGAGAUGGAAAUAAGCUCAACACUGUUUUAUUCCUUUUUCAGUCGUUCAAGGCCAACACAAAAAAGUUGCAGAUCAGAAAGUGUAGAAAGAGAAAAACGUGGUUGUCUCAUUGUGAUUUAAUUCUGUGCUCAUCUGUGAGUCUCUCUGUCGAGCUUCAGACUCAUUUCACAUCUGUGGACGUGAAGCUGAGAACGUGAGGAGCUUUGAAAUCCAACCAAACCACUGUGACUAAUGCUAUUACAUCACUUUGACAUGGGUACCCCUGGAUGUGAUCAUUUAUCCGGAUGCAGCAGAGGAAAGGUUCAUUUUUAAAUUAAAACAAUUAUUUAACCCUGAAUUUUAUGACGAUAUUUAAAUAUUUAUAUAAUGUGUGUGUGUGUGUGUGUGAGAAUCCUCCAACUGUAAAUACUGAGUUAUGACAACGACGUGUAAUAUGAAGCAUGGAUUAAGCAUCGAACAAGUUUACAAGAAUAUCUGAAGCUGUACUGUAAAUACUGAACAUUAUUAUUGUCUUUGCAACGAGUGACGUUCAAGCCAACUGCUGCGACAGCGCGCCCCCUGCUGUUCAAACCACGCCAACAACAGUGUUCAUGUGUUUCUCUCAUCUUUCAUUAUCUUGUUCCAUUUUACUCAACUAGGAUUUAUUUUAACUUUCGAGUUAAUCAGAAUAUCUGCUCCAUUUUGUACCGUAACCUUCAAACAUGCAAUCAGGGACAUUACAUAGCAUUUGCCUUGUAACAGUUGAUGUCGUAAACUAUUGUUAUUUAUCUUUUAAGACCUUUUUAAUCUUUAGAAUUCCAAUAAACCAUGUGACUGAAGAGAGAAACAGUGCAACAGUAGACUACAAAAGGUUUUUCUCAAAGGAACCGAUGAUGUCUAUUUUCAAUACAACACCUAUUUUAAAGUAAUUUAUUGAUUAGUAAACUUCUGGAGUAGCAAACUGGGAAUAUCUGUACAUUCUGUGCUUUUUCUAACCAUUUGAGGGUUCUUCUAUUUAAAAAUAAUGACUGAGCCUCUAAUUUAGUUAUGUAGAAUGUUACAUCUGUGACAUUUACAUCAUUUUAAAUACGCAGCUAGUGUUUUUGCACCAGAUGCUGCAGUAAAAUGAAUGGGAAAUAUAAUCAAGUGUCCGUAAUCAAUGCCCUAAGUAUGACGCUGAUUGACUUUGUGUAAAUUUAACAGAAACUGAUGCAACAUCACAAAAAACCAGUCCAUAUAUUAACCAUAUUUCCUAUUCCCAGUAGAUCCAAUGCCUGCUUAGGUUUUCAUCGAGGAUUUGAAACAGUUUCCUCCCGACACAGAAAUCACAUCCAACUUUCUGCCAAAGGGGAUUUUAUUUCUUCCUGACAUGUGACAGACUGCCAGUUACCACCUA